GCCUAUAUAUACUUGUAGGAGAGGCCCGUACAGGCCUAGCAUACGCUAGAUGUACUGUAACAAGCGUGCCUACAGUAGCUCUAUGCAUCUCUUGUCCAUACGUCACGUGCACGGCGGCCGAAUAUCAGGUGUUUCGAUGGCUCGCUCCAGCACAUUUGUGGCAUGAAUACGGGGACACGGGAAGCCUUCCACAUAUGGAGUAUGCUUCGGCAGGCAGUUCCAGGUGAUUACGGUUGCUAUCAGAGGAGACGGCGCGAACGAGAGAGGAAGCCUCGCAGCGGAAUGGUGUCUCGAUGGCUCGCUCCAGCAAAUUUGUGGCAUGAAUACGGGGACACGGGAAGACUUCCACACAUGGAGUAUAAUUCGGCAGGCAGUUCCAGGUGAUUACGGUGGCUAUCGGGGAGGAAGCCUCGCAGCGGAGUGGUGUAAUGUUUUUGGGCACGGCCGCGAUCGAUCGACCCGAUUACAAGAUAAAGAUGAGAUCCUUCCCGAUCGCGGGCCGUCCCUUUGGGAGUCAAGAAUUUGGGGCAAUAAUAAAAGCUGGCGCCCUAGUGACGACGGCCUCCUUUGGCUCUGGAAAACCUUGUGGUUGGGUGAAUCGUAUCUGUGCACAACGCCUCCUAACUCACGGCCCCGAAAGUAUCCCGAUCUCUGGUAUUCUACGCGAGGGGAGAUCUUGGCAGGAGUAUUCUAUCCAGGCUUCAGCCUUCCAGCAUUGGAAGCAUUAUGCAAGCAGAUCAAACGCAAGAUGGCACUGCCAUUGUCGAGCGCGACCUCCGUUGCUGCCACUGCCGGCGCAACUGCCCCGCGAGCUCCUAACAUCUACCUCCUACCCACAAGCGCGCAAUCAGUCAUAGAAGAUAUGUUUUCCGACACGUGUUCCCGAUUCGAGUCCGCAUUGUCUAAGCUGCGUCAGUCCGAGCUAUACCAGGCAAUAAAGUCUGCCCGGGCUGGCUCCGUUAGGACGAGGCUCGCGGCUGACCACCUCGAUUUGCCGAUAGAGGCCUGCACUGCUGUCAUCGAAUCCCAUCAAGACGUCUUGCUUGCGCGGGAUCGAUACUCCAGUCAGACGGAGGACUACUGGAGUAGGUUCAGAGUCGAUUCUCGAGUUGAGACUCUCGAUCUCCGGCUCCAAUACACACUCUCAGUUGAAGAAUGGCGUGGUCGCUGCAGCGAAAGGCUAGCCGACACGUUAACAUCCGUUCAAGGUCCGCUCAACACCGAUAUAGCUAGAAUGGCCACUCUUGCGACAGUAGCGAUGAGGCUCUUUUUGCCACCAACUCAAACGACACAUACCUCUGAAGUUGAACCAUUCUUCUCAGGCAUCAUGUACCUCCAUUCCGCGUGUACAAAUGACCCUAUAUCGCUACAUCCUGCAGUCUCUUCACUACACACACCAAAUGGCAUCAACCAACCAGUUCGGUUCCCGUGUGGACAUAUAUUUGGCCGAGCUUGUGACAACGUACUUAUGAAUCAGGGGGCCUGCCCUACCUGCGACUUGGAAUUGUUCCCCGGAUCAGAUAUCUGGGGAAACUGUGUCGCGGAAGCGUAUCUCACCCGGCUCGAGAUUGUCACGGGAUUUGCGAUGCUCCGAAACCGUAUCCGCAUCGUGUUUGAGUCCGCACAGAAGGUGCGCGAGAAUCUCAAAGCUUUCUACCGUCACAAGUCCCCGAACUCCGUCGUUGAUUCUGCACACUUGCUGAAACGGUUCACAGCUAUUGUAGACGGCGCCCAGCUAUAUGCCAGCGAACAGGUCUCAUCCCCUAAGCCCCUCUCCCUCGAUACUGCGGUCGCAACCGACUGCGGUGCCUGCGACGACACGUUCAACGACAAACUCACAGCCAUCUACGAAGACAACUACGGCCGAGCGGCAGGAGAGAUCUUCUAA